AUGACGAGCGAAUUUCUGCGCCGCCCCGGCGCUGUCCUCACGGCGCUGCGCACGUACGCAGACGAGGAGGCGCUCAUCACCGAUAUCCCCGACGAGCUGCGCCAGGUCCUGCAGCGGCGCAAGAUCCCCGUGCGUGCCUACUGGGGCCGCGGCGAUUCUGUACGAUACAUGGGCGCCAUCGCGGCACCGGCUACACGCGGAGACGCAGCUGGGGCUGCAACCGUGGACCGUGCCUGCGUACGUGCACAGCAGUGA